GGUUGGCUCGGUUUUCUUCCCGUUCACACUGUCCGCUUACGUCGAAGCGAGGCGGAACUGCAGCGCUGCUGGAAACAGACCAGUGACGGCGGCCGGGAGGGCUCGUUAGGCAAUGGGGAAGGAGGAAGCAGCGGAGAAUGGGCGCCGGUAGCCAAUGGGCGGGCGCUGUCGGCGCCGUGCGGCGGUGGCGGCCAUGACACGGAGCUGCUCGGCGCUGGGCUGCACUGCCCGCGACAACGGGCGGAGCCGGGAGCGCGGCAUCUCCUUCCACCAGUUCCCGGUGGACGCCGCGCAGCGCCGCGAGUGGAUCCGCGCCGUGAACCGCGUGGACCCGCAGAGCCACCAGGCCUGGCGACCCGGUCCCGGCGCCAUCCUCUGCUCGCGGCACUUUGCCGAAGCCGACUUCGAGCGCUACGGGCUGCGGCGGAAGCUGCGGCGGGGAGCCGUGCCCUCCCGCUUCCCACACCCGGAGCCGCUGCGCGCCGGCCGGAGGAGCAAAGCCCUCGUCCGAGCCCUGAAGCAGCCGCUCCCCAGCCCCUCCGCGGGGGACCACAACUACAGCCUGAAGGGGCGGCCGCCGCUGGAAGGCUCGCAACAGCAGCAGCUCCCGGCGGCCGGGAGGUGCCCCCGCACCCGCCCGCCCAGAACGGUGCUGAGCGUCCUGUGGCGGCUGGUGGGAAAGCAGCACCUGUCCGAGGAAACCGUGAGUUUGCUGCAGGCACAGUUUGCAGCAGAUUUGCCUUGUGAGUUGCACAGCUGGAAGCAGAUGGCCGAAUACUCUCCAGAAAUGAGGCAGUUUGCUUGUAUUCUCCACCUCUACCAUAUUAAGGCUUACAAUUAUCUACGGAAGAUUCUUCCUCUCCCUCAUCCUUGCAGUUUGACAAAUUGGCUGUCUACUAAUAAGGCUGCUGCAGGCUUCAGCGACAACAUUUUUCUCUGCCUUCAGGAAAAGGUGGAGAGAGGGGAACAGGACUACCACUACUGUGCCCUGAUGGUACAAGACAUGCCCUUGCAGAAACAGUGGGAGUGGGACCCACAAACCCAGUGCCUGACAGGCUUUGUUGACUUGGGCGCAGGCAUCCUUGAUGCCGAUGAAGCUCCGCUGGCCUCAGAAGCAAUAAUCAUCAUGGCAGUUGGCAUCUCAAGUCCCUGGGUAGCUCCACUUGGCUACUUCUUUGUGAACAGCACAACUGGCUACUUGCUUGCUCAGCUGCUUCGCCAGGCCAUCAACAAACUGAACAACAUUGGCAUCAGGGUGCUGGCUGUGACGUCAGGUGCCACUGCUUGUGGUGCUCAGACUGCCAGAGCUCUAGGGAUCAGGAUGGAUCCUGAAAGGAUUCAGUGCACUUUCCAGCAUCCGCCCGGCUCUGCUCACAGCAUCACGUAUUUCUUUGAUAUUUGCCAUGCCCUCCAACUGAUAAGGAAUGCUCUGCAGUGCUUCCAGAAGAUAGAGUGGCUCGGUGACACUGUGCGGUGGCAGCACGUGGUGGAGCUCGCAGCUUUGCGGGAGCAGAGAGUACUGGAGCUGUGCAGUUCCAAGUCAGGCAGAUCUGGGAGUAAGGGGAUUUACCACCUGAAAGUCAACCUUGCUACUCAGUUGUUCAGCGAGGGUGUCGCUGAUGCGCUGGAACACCUUCAGAAGCUGGGGCUGGCCUCAUUCCAGAACUGCAAUGGUACUGUCAAGUUUGUGCGGUUGAUGAGCCAUCUGUGUGAUGUAUUUCAUGGCAGAGGUCCCUAUAGAAUGGGACUGAUGGGGCCUUUGCUAGUUGGAAAUUACACCAAAAUAACCCACCUCUUUAAUGAGGCCAAGAGCUUCUUUAUCACCUUCACGGACUCUAUGGGGAGAUACAUUAUUAAGAGCAAACGGAAACUAGGAUUUCUGAGUUUCUUGCUUAAUGCUGAAAGCCUCAAGUGGCUUUACACCAACUAUGUGUCACCAGAAAGCACUUCUUCCCACCACUUCCUGACUUAUGCCUUCAGCCUCGAUCCCCUGGAGCUGUUUCUAAGGACUCUCCAGCAAGCCUGUGGCAAUGGGAAUCCCACAUGCACUGUGUUCCAGGCUGCUUAUCACAAACUUCUGGCUGGCUGCAACUUGGCACCAGGCUCACCAUACAGCAGUGGCUUAGGCAGUAUGAGCUCCUGGGACAUAGCCAUGUCUCGCAGGAGAGAUCUGACCCUUGGCAGCAUUCGGGCUCAGUAUAACCCAGCUCAUGGGAGGACACUGGCAACAGAGUACCUCUACUGUGCAGGCCUUCUUUUGCGUGGCUCUGCACUGAGUAAUGCACUGACAGACCUUUCCCUGCAUGUACAGAGCAUCACCUGCACUGCAGGCUUCAUUGCUGAGCAAUUAGCCUCUGACUUGCAAUGUGACGUUUGCGUUGCUUCCCUUUUUGAGUCAGACAAGAGCAGGCUAAGAUGCAGGUCAGUACUCUACAUAAAAAAGUUAGGUGGGGUGAGUCUGCCCUCAGCAAGUGUGUACCGCAUAACAAGCAUUUCAGAACAAGUCCUAAACUGGUAUUGCAAAGUAGGAGACAGCAACAACACCACCAAGCUAUGGCACUUGUCCCUAGAACAGAAAAUCUUCCAGGAGCUCCUGGGAGAAACUCCCCUCUUCCCCGCUCUCACAAACCAUUUAUUUCAUGGGGAGGCGUGCAUCAACAAUCAUUACACAAUCUUAGUAAAGGAAAUAACACGAUGUUAUUUAAAGGUCAAAAAAAACUAUGCUAAACACCUGGAGUUGAAAUACCAUUAUGGAAGGCACAAAUUGAAGACAGUGAAGUGAAAACAUUUGUUUCCCUCACCACUGGGUAGCUGUCAGGCCAAACCCACAUGGGGACAUGAGAACUCAGUGCUGUUCCAAGGGCAGCCUCUGUUUCUGGGGCUCAGUUAUAGCCAGAUCUGGGCAACACAAGCAAGGAAGUGAUGUGGCAUCUUCUCAUGAUUUGGCUGGCAAAACGUAUUGAUAAGCAUGAUGUGUUGGGCCACUGCAAAGCAGCUGAUCAGAAUUUGGCUGAGCAAGGCAAGGAAGUGCAUCUGAUCCUGUGUUCCACCUAGCAGUCCUGCAAAGCAGCCAUGUAUUUUGUGUGACUUAUGUGGCAGGCCAGGAUUAGCGAUGGUUGCUCAAGAUGCCUGGGGAAGUGGCAGGGGAUGCUGCAGAGUGUACACUAGAGGUGCUGGAUAGCUUAGUGCUAUGAACGCACUUGCCAGGAGAAGGCUGAUGCAUCUUCCACAUGGCUGAGGAGAGUCAUGCAUACUGGCAGUUUGAUUUUACCAAAGUAAGUCUGCUUUAAAAAAGCUGGAAGCAAGAAAAUGUGCAGAGCUUUUAUUUAAAAAGGAAAAUAAAGAUGUGAAAAGAAAAUGGCACUCAAGUUGUCCAGAAGACUCCACUCCUAAAAGCAGCUAAACAAGCUGGUUUAGUCUAGAUCCCCUGGAGGGGGAAACUACAAUAUUGAACUGCACCUCCGAAGCCCCAUGUUUUACUAGCAAGGUAGUGGAUACUGAGCAGAGAGGCUGUUGUCCAUAAAGGUGAGAGGGUAGCACCAAGGCUGGGCCCAGGCUAUUGGCACCCAGCAGUGCUGACACCCUCCUCUCUGGGUAGGAGCCCCAGGCACCAGCAUAUGGGUGUGCUGCAGCAGAGCAAGCAUUUCAGGUCCCAUUUCAUGGCCCCAACUGUGCCAAAUGGCCCCAUCCUCCCAGAGCUGGUAUGUCCCCUGCAGCCCAGGGCACAGAUGCUGUUUCCUGUGAUUACUUGAAACAGAUUUGGUGAUA